GACAAACCAUGGCGGCGUGCAUGAAAUUCACCCAACGAGUCUGGAAGUCAUUCAUAGAUACAAAGGGACAUGAUGCACAGUGUUUUCCCCAUCUCCAAAUUCUACGUGCUAAACCAGGCGUUGUCGAAACGGCGCUCAAGAUCCAGCCUUCCAAUCUGAACCGUGUCGGGACCGCUCACGGUGGGCUUCUGCUAUCACUCACCGACACACUUGGCUCUCUCGCCGUCGCAUCCAGGGGACAUUUCAUGACUGGCGUCUCCACGGAUGUGUGUACAUCGUUUGUUCGCCCAGCGGGAAAAGCUGGUGAUACGCUAUUUGGAAAAGCAACACUCACCUCGUUAGGACGGCAAGUGGCUUAUACCCGCAUUGAUUUCACGAACGCCGACGGUGAACUUGUCGCAUAUGGGACUCACACCAAAUACAUCGGCAAGUCCGCGACCGAUCCGAAAAAUGUGAAAUUCUCAGAUGAUGGCGAGACGAUCAUAGAAGGCGGAAGUACAAGUGACUAGCACAUCUCAGCGUAGUCUUUACUUGCUUCAAUUUGGUCUUGCUUGCCAUUCAGUAUGUUCCUCCCGAGUGCGUCCGUCGGCGAAUUGGAUCGAGGUGAUGAGUCGGAACUAAUCGUUGGCGUAAUACUGGUCGGCGGGCGCUCUGCCACUGAUGCCCACGUGCGUUUUACAGUUCCCGUGCUUCCAAGACCGAGGAAAACCAAAUAGGGCGUCUUUUCGUAGUUGACUUGGCCGGCUUAAUAAGACAAUUUAUUGGUGAAGGCCCGCUUUCUUAAAGGCAAGAGAGAGG